AUGGGUUCUACUACUCCAGAAAGUCAUUGGUUAAACUGGUUUUACGAAGACCCUUCGGUGUCACACAAUAUGGCGCCACCACAACCCAUUUCUCCUGCAACAGCAUUCCGACAUGGUGACAUGACUUCUAGAGAUUCAACAUUACAUGGUAACAGCAAUGUCACUACUGUUACAUUAGAUUCUCAACCGAACGACAUUCUACAUGAUACACAAGAAGAAGAACACUCAGGUACAAUUAGACCUCCUAUUUGGCGGUGGUCUACUUGGUCAGCGCGGAUGGCGUCUCGGCGAAAAUCAUCAUCAUCAACAACAGCAACAACAACAACAACAACAACAACAACAACAGGUAAACGACCAUCAUCAUCACAGCUAAUAGCAUCUACAUCACAAUCCACACGAAUAUUAGGAAGCUCCAAUAAAUGGUUAUCUCAGCAUAAACGAAGAACCUAUCCACCCAGCGGCGCACGACGUGUAUUAAAGCAAGAACAUAAGCGAUUGAUUCAUGGUAGCAGUAGGAAAACCAGACAUCGACUAGUGGCAAGCAAUCAUCGUAGUAAGAAACAAAAACAAGCUGAUCAUCUACUGUUUCAUCAUCCUCUUCGACGGCGACAUAGUUUAUCAGGUAUCUUAUCAUCCUUUGUACAUUCAGCCACUACAUCCUUAUCAUCAUCCUCUUCUCCUAAAACUGGUUAUAACACAUCAUCCAACAGUGGUAGUGGAACUACAAGUGGUGGUAGCAACAAUAACAACAGCAAUAAUGAUACUGGUCUACCAUUCUUCUUAUCCCAAUCGACUUCUCGCAAAUCAUCUAUACCUACACCAACAGUACGCUCAUCUAUGAUUCUUCAAUAUGCGGAUGAUGAAGAUGACAGUAAGAUUUCUAUGUAUGUUUCUGAAAUUUUAAACCAAGAUAAUGACAACGAUGGAAAAUCCAGCAACGGUACAGCAAAUGGCAGCAGCAAUGGUAGAUCUAUCUCUUCAAGAAAAAGGCAAAAACAACGCGACACAACAAGUAAUGGCUGGUUUUCCAAUUGGAUCAUGCAUCAUCCUAGGCGGAAACACAAGCAUCAUCAUCAUCAUCAUCAUCAUCAUCGUUGUUAUUAUCGACAAUGGCAACGACAAUCAAAUCCGUCUAUCGUCACCAAAUAUGACAGUAGCAAUAAUGGGAAAAUUCAUCCAUCCUCCAUCAGCACAGCAGCAACCCAUCACUUUCCAUCUCAGCAUCUCAAUGAUACGUUUGAUGACGAUGACGACAAAGCACAACAAAAACGACGUGUACAGCAGCUAAAAAAUGCAUUACCUCUACUUCGACAGGCGACGUUAUCGGACCUCUCAUCGUUAUCUUCUUCCAAUCCAAGUUAUAUGAUGAAAACCGCCAGUUUCUCUCAUUCAACAACUACCGGUGGCAAGUACGACUAUCCUCCAUUUUAUCCUCCAGAAAAAAAAGAUCAUCCUCCAACAUCACCCUCGUAUCGAUUUUCUGCAUUUUGGAAAUCACAAUCAGGAAAAACAGGAAAGCAAUUGAUUCAAGUGGAUGCAUCCGGUCAAGUAGGGUAUGUGACUCUUUGGUCAUUAUGGGAUACCUCCAGUCAUGAAGAAUCAAGUAACCUCUUGGCGACUCUUUUUAUCCUUGGUUUCUUACUCUGUCCUUUUUGGUGGCUUGGUGCAAUCCUUUACCUGAAAAGAGCGUCUUGUUUCCAUCAUGAUGUGCAAACAAUUCAUCUUUGGACUCCACGUACUUUUGGUCAUCUUAAUUGUUGGAUGUCAAUCACAAGUCUUCUCUUAAUCGGCAUCAUCAUCGCUCUUGUUAUUUGGUUAUCAUCUACUUCAAGGAUAGUUUAG